AUGAGCAAUACCCCCGACGGUGGAAAUGCGGUCGCCGCGCCUGCUGAACCCACCGCCUCAGCGCCCGACGAGUCGAUCGCGCAAGGCAAGGAGAGGGCCAAGGAGAUUCUCGCCGCAUCUGGUAUAGAUGUUGCGAGGAUAGAUUCUUCGACCGAGAUCAACGGCCACGAUGGCGGCCCAAACGCCAAUCGCAAGCGCAAACGCGAAACGCCCGUAGACCGUGUCCAAGCAGCCGUCUAUGUCGACCACGAGUACCACUACAAGGCCCUCUACGCAGAGCAGCUGGCUCAUCCAUUGCUAUCACAGGAAAAAAAACAAGAGCUUGCGAUAUAUCAGAGCCUGCGACAACGACGAGAUAUUGACCCUGGCGCUAUCUUCGGGUAUGGCUAUGCAGGCUAUGGCAAUCCGAGGACAGACGAGAAGAAUCUCCGAGACCCCAUAUUGUAUCCGCGCCAAAGAAGGCCUGGUAAGAAAAAGACCUUACCUCCCCGCGUGUCACGAAAAGACCUCAAUGUGCAAGCGGAACAGAACGAGGAGCUAGUGCCCAUCCGGCUUGACAUCGACUGGGGCAAAAUCAAAUUGCGGGACACCUUCACGUGGAAUCUGCACGACCGAACAACCUCCGUCGAGUAUUUCGCCGAGAAGUUGGUGGAAGAUUUCGGCCUCGAAGUCCAGAACUGCCGGCCCCUCGUUCAAAUGGCCGCAACCAAUAUACGCGAGCAGAUCAUGGACUAUUGUCCUCAGAUCUAUGCUGAAGAUGAGCCAUGGGAGCCGUCCUUGCCAUAUUUCGCCUACAAGAAUGACGAAAUGCGUAUUUUGGUCAAGCUCAACAUCACCAUCGGUCAAAAUACCCUCAUUGAUCAGUUUGAGUGGGAAAUCAACAAUCCCUUCAACUCUCCCGAAGAGUUUGCACGGCAAAUGACGAGCGAUCUAUCGCUCGCGGGGGAGUUUACCACCGCGAUAGCGCACUCCAUACGUGAGCAAUGUCAGUUGUUUUCCAAGUCCUUACACAUCACGGGACACCCAUUCGAUGGCCGGUUGAUAGAAGAUCCGGAUCUGAGAGAGAACCUCCUGCAAUCACCGUUACCAACCACGUUUCGUCCUUAUCAAGCCGCCAAAGACUAUACGCCCUACCUAUACGAACUCAACGAAGCGGACUUGGAGCGGACCGAGCUAUCCAUAUCUCGUGAACAGAGAAGGCAGAAACGUUCGACGAAUCGUCGUGGAGGUCCGGCUUUGCCAGAUCUCAAAGACCGCCAACGCACCAUUCGGUCGCUCGUUGUUUCGUCGGUCAUUCCUGGGGCUGCUCUGAGCAUGGAAGAGAGUCGAAUUUUCAGAGUGACCAAGGCGAGCCGGAAGUCCGCACGCGGACAGCGAGACGGUUUCGAGGAUUCCGACGAAUCCGACAGUGAAGACUCGGCGCCUGAUUCGCCAGCCAUCCCGACUCACUUGUUGCAGCAAGGCACUGUUCGUACUAGAGGUAUUAGGAAUGCGGCGCUGUCUGCCACUGCUGGCAUCCGGUCGAACUUGAGCGGCUUUGCAUCGGUAAGAUCUGCAACACCGGAAUCGGUCGCACCUACACAUCACGAUGGUCGAGCAUCUGCUAGGAGGAGAGACUAUAAAGAAGAGAGCGAAGAUGAAUCUGUUUCGGGCAAACUCAUUGUGGUAUUGAAAGUGGGAAAAGCUAAGCUUCGUGAAUGGAUGCGGUCGCAACGAGCCAAGGACCGGGCGGCGCAAAUCUCUACUUCGUCGACCCAGGGCAGCCCACGGCCUGGCAGCCACUCACGAUCUGUUUCUGCAGCCCCGUUGAAUCUCGCAGGCAUGCCGCCUCCCCCAUCGCCAGUUCCAGCGGCCGCAGAUAUCCCAGGUGCCGUUGAUGCAACGCCGAGUCCGAUUAAUCCACCUCCUCCACCGCCCGAAUGGCUUGUUCGAGAUUUAGAACGAUUGCGGAAGAUAUACCCCGAUGACCGUUUCGAGGCUCUCAUGAAGCACACAGCCAUUGAUCCAAAGACUCAGAAACUUGUCGCCCCCAAUGAGUUGAAUCACUCGUUUCCGCACAAAUAUGUCCCGCGUAUCAGAUGCUCUGACUGUCUUGGCAAAGUUUACCUCCCUGGUGAAGGGCUGAGCGCCACGAAUUUUGAAUCUCAUCUCAAGAAUCGCGUCCACAGAUCCAAUGUGGACGACCGACUGGCGAAGGAAUCAUGA